AUGGGCGACACAAAUCGAUACUUCUUCCGCGGCGAGUCGGUUCGCUCCGGCCUCAGCGUCGUCGACGUCGACUUGGACAGGAAGUGUCCGAGAAGAAGUUCUCUGGUGCUUUCCGGCACAACCCCAGCAGGAGUGUUCAUAGGCUCCAUCUACGCCAUCCUAGCUCCGGCCUUCGACCUCAGCCAGCCCGUGACCAAGUCCAAAGUUCUCGCCUGGGUCCAAAUCACAGGACGUGCCGGCUUGGAGUCUCAGGCAAAGUUCGUCCAGGUCGGGCAGAUCAAAGAGAAGGCCUGGGACGAGAUCAGGGCGGGAUGCGUAGCUUUUCUUCAAAAGCUGCCGACGGACAGGAAGGUCCUGGUUGAUAUUGCCAAAGCCGUUGAGGAAGAAGUGCCCGACUUUAGAAAACAAUGGGAUUCGCAUCGCGGCAAUAAUCUGUGGCUACAAUUGGCAGACCAAGGACCAGAUCAACGACUCGCAAAGUUCACGAUUCAAGCCAACUCACUUUCGAAGACAUUCGAGAUCAAGGACCACGAUGGCGAGUUCGCGCAAGAAUUUUAUAACAACCUGAAACCAAUUUCGUUGGACAGCACCAAAAGCAUCACUUUACUGAUACGGCGGCUUGACCAUAUCGCGAGAUUUCGGUUCAUGAGAGAUAUGAAGAGUUCUGUACCAUCCCUUGAUCACCAGAUCUCUGUCACGAUGGUUUCGGAUCCAAACGAGGCCGACGCCGAACCUUCGGCUGGGGCACAGAAGGCUGGUAUUCCAGGCGGGCCGUACCCAGUGGUACAUGAGCAGGACGUCUUUCUGGUUGUAAGAAAUAACUCGGCAUCUCACAUGGGCUUUUCCUUGAUCGACUUUUGCUCAGAGUUCGGUAUCAAGCAAGUCUGGCCCUGCGGACAAGGAUUCAAAGGCAUCGGGCCGAGGGAGAGACUGGUUAUCACGACAACUUUGGGCAUUCCUACUCAUCUGCUGAACUACGCCAAAGCCCAAGGGGGCGUGAUGGAAACUCUGAAGCUUUUUGCAGUGCGGCCCUCAACAAGCCUUCAUAUGCUCGAGAUCCCCACUCUUGAGGCGUUGGAAUCGCCGCCGGAAUUUCGCGGGGAGCAUGAAAAUACUGAUCUCACGCCCACCGAACUGUACGAGCUGCUUGGACAGAGCGAUAUCCCACUUCGAGGGGCAACGUGUUAUGAGGUUGUUGAGCAUUGGCAAGCGAUCAACGUCUCCUUCUGCAUCAAGCCAAGUUCCAUGGAAGGGGAAGAUGAAAUGUCAGACUCGCAACUGAGCGAGGAGGCAUUGAACUUGUGUUCUGAUGAUUAG